GUUGGCUGGACGCCCACGGCAGGGUCAGGUGGGUGGGGAGACUUAAACUCAGUGCCCCGGUGGCCGAGGAAGGAGGGUGACAAUGGGACCAGGGAGGCUGACGUGUGUGCUGGUCUUGGCGCUUAUGCCGGCUACGGGGUCGCGGCCACAGGAACAGCUACCCAGGGAGUCCCACAACCUCAACUGGAACAAGGUUUCAGGGUUCUGGUACAUUCUGGCUGUCGCCUCUGAGGGCCAGAGAUUCUUGCCAGGCAGAGACAGGAGGAAGCUGGGGGCACUGAUGGUGGAGGUCCACAAAGCGGGCCAGCUGAAGGUGGUCCUUGCAUUCAGCCGGUCACAGGGGUGCCAGUCACACACGUUAAUUCUGCGGAAAGAUAGGAAAAAGGCGAUGUUCAGGAAUACUUGUGCGUAUGAAGGCCCGGGCCUGGAGAGAAAGACCUGGGGGUGGGCGUGUCCCCAGCUUCACGGCCACAGGCCUGAUGGGGUGGUCCCACGCUUCUCUUCCGGUCCAGUGAAGGGGGUAGAGGGCUUCCACGUGCUGUCCACCGACUACAGCUACGGUGUGGUCUACUUGCGCCUGGGCCGGGCCGGCCGGACCUCUAAGACCCUGCUGCUCCUCAGUGAGUCCAGCGGCAACACCUGGGGAGGGGUCGUGCGGGGUGCAGCGCGUCUGCCACCAGUCCCCGUGGGCCCUGACGUCCUACACUUCCUCAGGAAGUCGUUCACUUAUUCGCCCAACAUUUCCAAGCCCCCGUGA